GGGGGCUGGGAUCGCCGCAGCAGGGUGCGGUCUGGGCGGAGUGGGUGCGGGCCGGGCUUCCAGGAAGGCGGUGCGGCGCUCCAGGGGCCCCAACCGGGCUCCGUUGCCCCGCGCGUCCCGCCCUUCCCGAGCCCUCCCGCGUCCGGGAAGCGUCGCUGAGCCAUGUUUUUCACCUGCGGCCCAAAUGAGGCCAUGGUGGUCUCUGGCUUCUGCCGGAGCCCCCCAGUCAUGGUGGCUGGAGGGCGUGUCUUUGUCCUGCCCUGCAUUCAGCAAAUCCAGAGGAUCUCUCUCAACACACUGACCCUCAAUGUCAAGAGUGAAAAGGUUUACACUCGCCACGGGGUCCCCAUCUCAGUCACUGGCAUUGCCCAGGUGAAAAUCCAAGGGCAGAACAAGGAGAUGUUAGCAGCUGCCUGCCAGAUGUUCCUGGGGAAGACAGAGGCCGAGAUUGCCCACAUUGCACUGGAGACGCUGGAGGGCCACCAGAGGGCCAUUAUGGCUCACAUGACUGUAGAGGAAAUCUAUAAGGACCGGCAGAAGUUUUCAGAGCAGGUUUUCAAAGUAGCUUCCUCAGACCUGGUCAACAUGGGCAUCAGCGUGGUCAGCUACACCCUGAAGGACAUUCACGAUGAUCAGGACUAUUUGCACUCCUUGGGGAAGGCUCGAACAGCUCAAGUCCAAAAAGAUGCUCGGAUUGGGGAAGCAGAAGCCAAGAGAGAUGCUGGAAUCCGGGAAGCCAAAGCCAAGCAGGAAAAGGUGUCUGCACAAUACCUGAGUGAGAUUGAGAUGGCCAAGGCUCAGAGAGAUUACGAGCUGAAAAAGGCCGCCUACGACAUCGAGGUCAACACACGCCGAGCACAAGCUGACCUGGCCUACCAGCUUCAGGUGGCCAAGACGAAACAGCAGAUCGAGGAGCAGCGGGUACAGGUGCAGGUGGUGGAGCGGGCCCAGCAGGUGGCAGUGCAGGAGCAGGAGAUCGCCCGCAGGGAGAAGGAGCUGGAGGCCCGAGUUCGGAAGCCCGCGGAAGCUGAGCGCUACAAGCUGGAGCGCCUGGCAGAGGCAGAAAGGUCCCAGAUGAUCAUGCAGGCCGAGGCCGAAGCAGAGUCUGUGCGGAUGCGUGGAGAGGCUGAGGCCUUUGCCAUAGGAGCACGGGCCCGGGCCGAAGCUGAACAGAUGGCCAAGAAAGCAGAAGCAUUUCAGCUCUACCAGGAGGCUGCUCAACUGGACAUGCUGCUGGAGAAACUGCCCCAGGUGGCAGAAGAGAUCAGUGGUCCACUGACCUCCGCCAACAAGAUCACGCUGGUGUCCAGUGGAGGUGGAGCCGUGGGUGCAGCGAAAGUGACCGGAGAGGUGCUGGAUAUCCUGAGCCGACUGCCAGAGAAUGUGGAGAGACUCACAGGCGUCAGCAUCUCCCAGGUAAACCACAAACCAUUGCGAACAGCCUGAGCCUUCAUUGAUACUACAAUACUACCCUCGUGAUACAAGUUGUCUGAAUGGUCUCCACAUUGCAUGUAUUUCAGCUGACCUCCAAGCAUGUCUUUUGACAGUGGGGCUCCACCCCUGUGUCCUUGCCAAAUAGCUUGUGCCUUGCCUGGGAGGGGAAGGGUUGUUGUUCCCCUUUCAUGAUCCCCAUACUGCCAAGACUGCCAGUCCCCAGGGGAUCCCAUCCAGCCUUCUGAUGAUCCCAUCCCACCCCCAACUUAUUUAACUUCUUGAUUAAAUUAGACUGUCUACAA